UCAUUCAUUGAUAAAAGGACAUUCAAUUGAGAUAUUUUGGCACAAGGGGAUUCAGACUGUCUGUAGAGGAGACAGAGGAGAACAAUGCAUCGCUCAUACCAGCCCCUUAAACCUGUCACAAACCGAUACCUCCAACAGAAAUGGGACCAGGAGAAUUUCGACUACCAUCGCAAGAAGGUGAUGUCAGCUCUACCCGCGGUGGACACUAAAGGGUCCAAAACCCCCAGCCACGUGCAACUCAAGCUCAAGAAACUGCAGCUUCAGGAUGAGCGUCUUACCAUCAUCGACAGAGACAACCGGUUACUGGCCUCCAGACUGGCCUCCAUCGUCUGCUCCAGGGGCCUGGUAGACCACUGCAACCACUACCACAUCAAGAGCCUGAAUGCAGACCGCCGCAGACAGGAGCUGCAGAUCGUGGGGAGGCAGAAUCUGGACAUUUAUCGGCGUCUCUCGUCUCGUCAGUCGGAGUACAGGAGGCAGGUGUGGCUUCAGGACUGGGAGAGGACCAGCAGGCUUAGAGAGGACAUCUCCAGAUACCCCCCACUGUCCCGGGACAAGCAGAGGAGCCAGAGGAAGGUGAAAUUUGCUGCAGAGAAUGGGCAGUCUGUGAGCAGCAUCAGCACAGACACAUGA